UCUUGGAAGAUCGCGUCGCGCCCGUCCACUCGUCUCGAACACCGAUAUUUCAUGUUGCUCCGUUUUGUAACCCGAAAAACGGUUUUUCGAUUUUAAUUUCGUAGGUGUAAGCGUUCGUUUGGUUUGUGGUUUUUUUUCACUAUUAUUCGAUACGCAAAUCACACAUAUUAUCAAACACGAGUCUAUUGGAUAUCUGCAGACUUCGGCAAAAAAAAAGAAGGUUUUGCGGGAGCCAUGUUGGAAACCGUUGCAGAGAAGAAAAUCCCGCCGCCGCUGCCGCCCAAGACACGUCGCGGCUGUCUAAAAAACAGUGCCGUCGAAGGCAACUGUGGCAGCGGCGCGACCAUCCUGCAGUCCAACGGUCAUGUGGUGAAAAUCCGAAUAGACCCGAUGAUGGUGGACGGGAUCGGUGGUGGUGGCGUGGCCGGUGACCGCGCCGAACGGGACGACGGGACGCGCCGUGAGCACGUGGUGGGCCGCCGGUCUAGUACCGUAAAGAUAAACAUCACUUGCGUGGACCCGUUCGUGUUCCGCCGGCACUACACCGACGUGGACGACGACGAUGACGAGGACGAGGACGAGGACAGGCGCUCGUCCUCGGGACACCGAUCACCGCUGGACAGCGGCACGGGCAGUGACCUGGACACGGGCAGCCGCCGGGACGAGAGCGACGACGGGACGUGCAGUUGCGAUUCGCUGACGAGCAGCACGGCGGAUCCCGAGACGGCUGUGAUGGCCGUCGAACCAGCGCGGGAACGGGUGGUCACGACAGUCGCCGUGGCUAGCGCCAAUGCCGUCGAUUCGGUCGCGUCAGAUCCGGCGGCCGUCGAACCGCUGGCAUCAGCGCUGCAGGCCUGUACGACAACCGGGAUCGUGGCCACGGCCACUGUCGCGACAGUUGUCGAAGAGCUGCCGAAACGUUYGGCGCCGCAGGGCAUCCGCGUUCAACAGCGGUGCUACAACGACAAGACCGUGGCCACGGUGGCCGCAACCGACCGCGUUAUCGACAUGGACAACACGGACCAGUAUUACAGCUUUCACAUGAACGAGAACGUGUUCGACGAGGUGGACGCCGCCGCCGUGGCCACAGCCGCCGCACCAUCGGACGACACGUUCGCGGGGUGCAAGACGGUAGCCACUUCGGACACGAUACGAAGCGCCAAGGGCACCAUCAGGGGCGUCAAGAACCGCGUCAGGGCCGGAAUAGCGACGUUCUUGCAACCCAAAACCAACAAGGAUGCAGAAGCUGUAGAAAGACUGAACGAAUCUGGGGAACUCCGAUCGAUUUUAAAACCAUUUAAGAGUCCGGACGCGUGCACGACGUGCCAAGUUUGCGGAGGUUACAGGCUGCUGCCCUGUCCGAUGUGCAACGGUAGCAAGAAAUCUGUGCACAGGAACCACUUCACCACCGAAAUGAUCGCCCUCAAGUGUAUGAACUGCGACGAAGUAGGACUAGUGCAAUGCUACGCCUGUUGA